GAGGACGCUGAAGAGGAGGCUGAGGAGGAGGAGGAGGAGGAGGAGACGGCGGCGGGAAGAUGGCGGCGCCCGUCCUGCUGCGGGUGUCUGUGCCGCGGUGGGAGCGGGCGGCCCGGUCCGCCGUGUGCGCGGCCGGCAUCCUGCUGUCCCUCUACGCCUACCACGUGGAGCGCCAGAAGGAGCGGGACCCCGAACACCGGGCCCUCUGCGACCUGGGGCCCUGGGUGCGGUGCUCCGCCGCCCUCGCCUCCAGAUGGGGUCGCGGAUUUGGUCUCUUGGGUUCCAUCUUCGGGAAGGACGGUGCAAUAAACCAGCCCAACAGUGUCUUCGGGCUCGUUUUUUAUAUCCUCCAACUGCUGCUCGGCCUGACUGCAAGCGCUGUGGCGGCUCUGACCCUCAUGAUGUCCUCCAUAGUGUCAGUGGUCGGGUCCCUGUACCUGGCGUACAUCCUGUACUUUGUGCUCAAGGAAUUUUGCAUUAUCUGCGUCACCACAUAUGUACUGAACUUCAUUCUCCUCAUCAUCAACUACAAACGACUGGUUUACUUGAAUGAGGCCUGGAAGCGGCACCUCCAGCCCAAGCAGGAUUAGCACCUGCCGAACUCAAACCCUACUCCGAAAACCCUUUUUCCAUUAAGUUUAUUUCCGGCCUUUUUUUUUUUUUUUAAUUCGUAUCAGACACUUUCCCCGAGAAUCUGUUGCCGAUCUUUUGUUUCUCGAUUCCCGCAAAUUAGAAGGGGGUCGUAGCUACUCACCGUGUCGAUCUUCGAUUUAAAUGUGGAUUCGAAACAGGAGAUUUCAAGCCAAUCAAAGACGAGCUCUGACGUCAUUUUAAAAUUACUUCUGAAACACAAAGUGUAGUCCUUGUUUUUUCCCCAAGCUGUAAAGGAUCAGCAGUUGCUAGCAAUUUAUCCUGUGUGUAUCGAUUCAAUUUCAGGUCUAACGGAAGAGAUGUGAUCAUGACAUGAAAUAUUUUAGCAUAACGACACUGUAUUGACCAUUGCCAUGUUUACAGUAUGUAAAACACUUUUAGCCGAUGGACUGAAACAUGUAGAUGCAACUAGAGCCCAUGUAUGUGAUCUCGUAAAUAAAGGCAGAGGGCCCGGCCCGGCCCCCGCCCCCGGCC